CUCCGGGUAAAGUUUCAGCCUCCGCACGUGACUCGCCAUGGCCGCUGCCGUCGCCCCGCGCCCCUGAGCCGCGGCCCCCCGGACGGCUCCUCUCCGAGGACCUCACACCCCCGACGCCGGGCAGCGCCGAGGCGCCUGCCCGGGGGCAGAGCCGGCAGCCCGUGGACACCCAGGCGGGUUGCAUCCCCUCGCUCGGAGUUGACAGAAGACACAGGCUGGGACAGUCGGCAGAGGACACAGUGCUCUUCCACAGUGGCUUUGGCAAGAAGUCCCCCAUCCUCAUCCUGGUCCCCCGCCAAAUGCUGCUUUUAUAUGCGCUCCCUCAGUCUCCAGGUUUAAGCCUGGAGCUCGGAGCUCGGAACCUGCACCACAGGACAUGGCGCCCCCCGGCCGCCUGGCGGGCCCCCUUCUGGGAGUGGCAACCUUUUUGAUACCCUGAAGACCAGCUCCAGACCUUCCUACAAAAGUGUCAGCAUAUAGAACUGCUUAGCCAAAGGACGGACACUUGGGACAACACCCCUCCCCCCAAUCUACCUGGCCCCUGGCUGGGAAAGGGGCUCCAGAAGGCUGAGAUUGGCUCACUAACUUUGGACCGAAGCUCCAGGGACAGAAGGGGGUAGGGGUGGGUUGACCACCCAAACCCCCUCUGGGCUCAGGCCCCAUGCCCGGAGGAGGAGGAGGAGAGACUGUGUGAAAAGCCCGUCACAGCUGCCUGCCAGACUGUUUGCUGCCCUUCUGACUGUGGCCGCUUGGCAUGGCCAGCAAUAGCAGUUCCUGCCCAACACCUGGGGGCGGGCACCUCAAUGGGUACCCGGUGCCCCCCUACGCCUUCUUCUUCCCCCCUAUGCUGGGUGGACUCUCCCCACCGGGCGCUCUCACCAGCCUCCAGCACCAGCUUCCGGUUAGUGGAUACAGCACACCGUCCCCAGCCACCAUCGAGACCCAGAGCAGCAGUUCGGAAGAGAUAGUGCCCAGCCCUCCCUCGCCACCCCCCCUGCCCCGCAUCUACAAGCCCUGCUUUGUCUGUCAAGACAAGUCCUCUGGCUACCACUAUGGGGUCAGCGCCUGUGAAGGCUGCAAGGGCUUCUUCCGGCGCAGCAUCCAGAAGAACAUGGUGUAUACGUGUCACCGGGACAAGAACUGCAUCAUCAACAAGGUGACCCGGAACCGCUGCCAGUACUGCCGGCUUCAGAAAUGCUUCGAAGUGGGCAUGUCCAAAGAGUCGGUGCGAAACGAUAGAAACAAAAAGAAGAAAGAGGCACCCAAGCCCGAGUGCUCGGACAGCUACACGCUGACUCCGGAGGUGGGGGAGCUCAUCGAGAAGGUGCGCAAGGCGCAUCAGGAAACCUUCCCGGCCCUCUGCCAGCUGGGCAAGUACACUACGAACAACAGCUCGGAACAACGCGUCUCCCUGGACAUCGACCUCUGGGACAAGUUCAGCGAACUCUCCACCAAGUGCAUCAUCAAGACCGUGGAGUUCGCCAAGCAGCUGCCCGGCUUCACCACCCUCACCAUUGCCGACCAGAUCACCCUCCUCAAGGCUGCCUGCCUAGAUAUCCUGAUUCUGCGGAUCUGCACGCGGUACACGCCUGAGCAAGACACAAUGACCUUCUCAGAUGGACUGACCCUGAACCGGACGCAGAUGCACAACGCUGGCUUUGGCCCCCUCACCGACCUGGUCUUUGCCUUCGCCAACCAGCUGCUGCCCCUGGAGAUGGACGAUGCCGAGACUGGGCUACUCAGUGCCAUCUGCCUCAUCUGUGGAGACCGACAGGACCUGGAGCAGCCGGACAAGGUGGACAUGCUGCAGGAGCCGCUGCUGGAGGCCCUGAAAGUCUACGUCCGGAAACGAAGGCCCAGCCGCCCGCACAUGUUCCCCAAGAUGCUGAUGAAGAUCACGGACCUCCGGAGCAUCAGCGCCAAGGGAGCUGAGCGAGUGAUCACACUGAAGAUGGAGAUCCCCGGCUCCAUGCCACCACUUAUCCAGGAAAUGCUGGAGAACUCUGAGGGCUUGGACACUCUGAGCGGACAGUCGGGGGGUGGAACACGAGACGGGGGUGGCCUGGCCCCCCCGCCGGGUAGCUGUAGCCCCAGCCUCAGCCCCAGCUCCCACAGAAGCAGCCCAGCCACCCAGUCCCCAUGACCGCCUCGCCAUAAGGACGGCCCUCACCCCUGCCCUGGCUUUCUCUGCCUUCCUGACUGGCCAUGCGACCCAUCAGCCCAGCCCCCGCCUCGUCCUCCCAGAUAGAACUGGGGACCUUCUGGGGGGAGGGGCGGAAGGGAGGAGGCAGUGACUCUGUGGACAGAGGCCUGGACCCGAGACGGACUGCCCUCUUCCAGCAGCCUCGGCUGGCAUCAGGGGCCAGGUGCUGAGCCAUGUGAGGACCUGGGCCUGAGCCCCACCUUGCCACGUCUUCAUCACCAGCAAAUGCCGGGGACCUGGCUCCCUUGUCCUCCGAACUCAAGCCAUCGCUCCCCAGUUGGGGAACCUCCCCCCUGCUUCGGAUGGUGACAGAGGGGUGUCCAGGGUGGGGGAGACCCCUGUACAUAUCCCGCGUACCAACCCCCCCAACCCCAUAUUAAUUCCCGCUGGUUUUGUUUUUAUUUUAAUUUUUUUUGUUUUGAUUUUUUUUUAAUAAGAAUUUUCAUUUUAAGCACAUUUAUACUGAAGGAAUUUGUGCUGUGUAUUGGGGGAGCUGGAUCUAGAGCUGAAGGGGGUGGAGCCCUAGGGUUGGGCAGGGCUCAGAAGGGCUCCCCUCUCCCUUGAUGACCCAGUGGAUGCCCCUAAGCCCCCACCCCCACCCCCGUCUCUCCUCCUCAGUUUUCUCUAAUACUGUGAAAUGCUAACUUUCCACCACCUUUCCCCAUCCUGUGCAAGAAGCAGCUUCCCCGUCUCCCCGUCUGCCCACAAUGGGUGUGGGUAUCUUGGGCAGCUACCCCUGGGAGGGAGGGGGUCCUGGCUUUUGGCUUGUCCCUCUGCCCACCAAGAAGCAGGGAAGGGUGAAGCUAGGGCCCCUGGGACAGGUAGGUAGGGUGUUACUCCUCACUGCCCACCAGAGCUCACUUAUCCGAGGCCCAGCCCCAAUGUGAAGGGGCCGGCUAAGGGGUCCAAGCUACCCCCACCCCCAGCACCAGCCACCAGCACCCCAUGGGGCCCUCCAACACACACACAUACACAGGAACACACACACACACUUGGCCCAAGUUCCUCCAAUUCCCUGGCCUACCCACAACCCCUCUCUGCCACCCUCACGUGUGACCCCCUUCCUUGCCCCGCAGGACGGGACUCCAGGGGGUCUCCUCCCUCCCCCUACACCCCUGGGCUUGGGGGAGCAGGUACUACCCUGCCCUUCUGCCUGGGGGGUCUCACCCCGGAGCCCACUGGUGCACCUGUUACUGCUGGGUUUCCACUGAGAUCUACUGGAGAAAGAAUAAAGUUCUAUUUAUUCUA